CUUAAUCUUCAUUCACCCAGUAGAGAAAGACGGGCUGCAGGACGAGAAGUUGCAUCAAACCCCCCAUCUCUGCAACAACAGCGCACGCUAACGAGCUCCGAUCGGCAACCAAAAGUAGUCGGGCUACAGCAAGAUGCCGGUGACAGAGAAGGACCUGGCGGACGAUGCGCCGUGGAAGAAGAUCCAGCAGAACACCUUCACCCGGUGGUGCAACGAGCACCUGAAGUGCGUGAACAAGCGGAUCGCCGAUCUGCAGUUCGACCUGAGCGACGGCUUGAGGCUUAUCGCCCUGCUGGAGAUCCUCAGCCAGAAGAAGAUGUACAGAAAGUACCACUCGAGACCCACCUUCAGGCAAAUGAAGUUGGAGAACGUCUCGGUGGCCCUCGAGUUUUUGGACCGGGAAAACAUCCGUCUCGUUUCCAUAGACUCCAAGGCCAUCGUGGAUGGGAACCUGAAGCUGAUCCUGGGGCUGAUAUGGACGCUGAUCCUGCACUAUUCCAUCUCCAUGCCCAUGUGGGAGGAUGAGGACGACGAGGACGCCAAAAAGCAGACCCCAAAGCAGCGGCUCCUGGGCUGGAUCCAGAACAAGGUGCCCGAUCUCCCCAUCACCAACUUCAGCGAGGACUGGCGCGAUGGCAAGGCCCUGGGCGCUCUGGUCGACAGCUGUGCACCGGGCCUGUGUCCGGACUGGGAGGUGUGGGACACGGCCAAACCAGUGGACAACGCCAACGAGGCCAUGCAGCUGGCGGACGAUUGGCUGGGGAUUCCCCAGGUCAUCACCCCAGAGGAGAUCAUCGACCCCGGCGUGGACGAGCAGUCGGUGAUGACGUACCUGUCCCAGUUCCCCAAGGCCAAACUGAAGCCUGGGGCCCCCCUGAAGCCCAAACUAAACCCCAAGAAAGCUCGUGCCUACGGUCCAGGGAUCGAGCCUGUUGGGAACAGGGUACUGCGCCCAGCAACGUUCACCGUGGACACCUACAGUGCCGGCCAGGGUCAGGUCACUGUGUACGUGGAGGACCCUGAGGGAACCAGAGAAGAGGUGAAAGCUAUUCCCAACGAAGGCAAGAAGACCUUCCUUGUGACCUAUGUUCCUAAAGUAAUGGGCCCUCACAAGGUGACAGUGCUGUUUGCAGGACAGCAGAUUCCCAAGAGUCCAUUCGAGGUGAACGUGGACAAGGCCCUGGGAGAUGCCAGCAAGGUUACUGCAAGGGGUCCUGGCCUGGAACCGUUGGGCAACGUUGCCAAUAAGCCGACCUACUUUGAGAUCUACACCGCAGGGGCUGGCAUCGGUGAUGUCACCGCCUCUGUCAAGGACCCCCAGGGCAACAUGAACACGGUGGAAACCAUGCUGGAGGACAGGGGUGACAACAUGUUCCGGUGCACCUACAAACCCGUCCAGGCCGGCCCGCAUGCCAUAUCCGUCACCUUUGGGGGCAUGGCCAUCCCCAAGAGCCCUUUCACCGUCAACGUCGGUCCAGCUUCCAGCCCCAACGCCUGUCGUGCCACCGGUCGCGGGCUGCAGCCCAAGGGCGUCAGGGCGCACCAAGUGGCGGACUUCAGGGUGGACACCCGCAACGCCGGCAGCGGCGACCUAAAGGUCGUGGUCAAGGGGCCUAAGGGCUUAGAUGAGCCUGUCAAGGAGACGGACAGUCUGGACGGGGUCCAUGCCUUUGAGUAUUACCCACUUGUGCCAGGCAAGUACGUGGUAGCCAUCACAUGGGCCAACCAGCACAUUCCCAAGAGCCCAUUUGAAGUCCAUGUGGGUCCUGAUGCUGGUCCGCAGAAGAUCCGAGCCUGGGGGCCAGGUCUGGAAGGUGGCAUUGUGGGCAAGUCGGCUGAUUUUGUGGUGGAGUCUGUGGGCACAGACGUUGGCGUGCUUGGCUUUGCUAUCGAGGGCCCUUCGCAGGCGAAGAUCGAGUGCGAGGACCAGAAUGACGGCUCGUGCGACGUGAAGUACUGGCCCACAGAGCUGGGCGAGUAUGCCGUGCACGUGAUGUGUGACGACGAGGACAUCGAGGACAGCCCCUUCAUGGCCCUCAUUGGCCCCAACAGUGACGGCUGGACUCCCCACAGGGUGAAAGCCUAUGGUCCUGGCCUGGAGAAGACUGGCUGUGUCAUUAAUAAAGUGGCAGAGUUCACAGUGGACGCUAAAGACUGUGGGAGAGCACCGCUGAACAUCUUUGCUCAGGAUUCUGAGGGCUCCCCCAUCGACGUGAAGGUGAAGAACAUGGGGGAUGACAGGUACGCCUGCUGCUACACGCCUGUCACCGCCACGAAGCACACGGUGGCUGUGGCCUGGGGCGGAGUCUGCGUGCCCAACAGCCCCUUCAGGGUGAAUAUCGGGAAGGGAAGUCACCCCAACAAGGUGAAGGUGUUUGGGCCGGGGGUGGAGAGGUCAGGCCUCAAAGCCAAUGAGCCCACACACUUCACCGUGGACUGCACCGAGGCUGGAGAAGGGGAUGUCAGCGUAGGCAUCAAAUGUGAUGCCAAUGUUAUCAGUAACAAGGAGGAGGACAUUGACUUUGACAUCAUCCCCAACGCGAACGACACGAUCACCGUGAAGUUCACACCACCAGGAGCUGGACGAUUCACCAUCAAAGUGCUUUUCGCCGGACAGGAAGUCCCGCUCAGUCCUUUCCGGGUGAAAGUUGAGCCGUCGCAUGACGCCUCUAAGGUGAAGGUGGAUGGACCCGGCCUUGCUCGUACAGGUGUAGAGUGUGGGAAGCCCACGCACUUUACGGUCUACACCAAAGGGGCGGGCAAAGCUCCCCUGGAUGUCCAGUUCGCCGGCGCUGCCAGAGGGAAGCCCGUCCGGGACUUCGAGAUCAUCGACAACUACGAUUACUCCCAAACUGUCAAGUACACGCCAGUCCAGCAGGGGGAGUUGGGCAUUGCAGUUACGUUUGGAGGUGACCCCAUUCCCAAGAGCCCUUUCACUGUAGGGGUAGCAGCUCCACUGGAUCUCGGCAAGAUUCAAGUGAAUGACCUGGAGAGCAGGGUGCAGGUUGACCAGGACCAGCAGUUUGCAGUCAACACCAAGGGGGCUGGUGGUCUGGGCAAGCUGGACGUGAAGAUCAGCAGCCCGUCUAACAAGGCCGUGCCCUGCAUGGUGGAGCCACUGCCGGGGAAAGAGAGCAGCUUGGUGAAGUACAUCCCCAAGGAGGAAGGCGUCUACGCCGUGGAUGUCAGCUAUGACGGCAGCCCUGUGCCAGGCAGCCCCUUCCCUGUGGAGGCCUCGCUGCCCCCAGACCCCAGCAAGGUAAAAGCCUAUGGUCCAGGUCUGAAGGGUGGUCUGGUGGGAAAACCAGCAGAGUUCACGAUUGACACAAAAGGUGCGGGCACUGGCGGACUGGGACUCACCGUGGAGGGUCCCACCGAGGCCAAGAUGGAGUGCUCAGACAAUGGCGACGGCACCUGCUCCGUGUCCUACCUUCCCACCGAGCCCGGGGAGUACCUGGUGAACAUCCUCUUUCAGGAGGUCCAGAUCCCUGGCUCACCAUUCCAUGCAGAUAUCCAGAUGCCCUUUGACCCCACUCGGGUGGUGGCCACCGGACCUGGACUUCUGCGAGGGAAGGUGGGUGAGACCAGCACUGUGAACGUGGAUUGUUCGAAGGCCGGGCCUGGUGUGCUCACUAUGGAGGCGACGUCCGACUCUGGCUCCGUGGCUAAGACCAACGUGCUGGACAACAAAGAUGGCACCUACACUGUCACAUACGUGCCCCUCACUGCUGGCAUGUAUACCCUUCUGCUUAAAUACGGAGGCAAGACUGUGCCCAACUUCCCCGCUGUGGUUCAGGUGGAUCCGGCUGUUGAUACCAGCAAGGUGAAAGUGUUUGGACCAGGGGUGGAAGGAACCGGAGUGUUCCGGGAAGCCACCACCAGCUUCACCGUGGACGCCCGUCCCCUGACCAAAGCUGGCGGAGACCACAUCAAGGCCCUGGUCCAGAGCCCUUCAGGUGCUGCCGCUGACUGCCUGGUGACCGACAACUCUGACGGGACGUAUGGAGUGGAAUACACACCGUUUGAGAAUGGCGUGCACAGAGUUGAGGUGCUCUACGAUAAGACCGCCGUUCCAAAGAGCCCCUUCCGAGUGGAUGUGACGGAGGGCUGUGACCCCACCCGUGUGAUUGCCAAGGGCCCCGGGCUCCAGGAGGCCCUGACAGAGAAAUCCAACAACUUCUCCAUUAUCACCAGGGGGGCUGGCAUUGGUGGCUUGGGCAUCACUGUGGAAGGACCAUCAGAAUCCAAGAUGUCCUGCAAGGAUAACAAGGAUGGAAGCUGCAAUGUGGAAUACACCCCUUAUGUUCCCGGGCUGUAUGAUGUCAACAUUACGUACGGAGGAAACCACAUUCCAGGAAGUCCCUUCAAGGUACCAGCAAAAGAUGUUGUGAACCCCAGCAAGGUGAAGGUCUCUGGUCCGGGUGUGGGCUCCGCAGUCCGAGCCAAGAUCCCACAGUCCUUCACUGUUGACUGCAGCAAGGCUGGCGUGGCGCCCCUCUCCGUGGCAGUAAUGGCACCCAAAGCGGAUGAGGUGGAAGCCCAGCCUUGGCGCAGUCCCCUGAAAGCUUUUACGGACCUCUUUAAGGCCGAACCAAAGGACUCGGGGACAGGGAUGGCCGAGCCAGUGCAGGUGACAGACAAUGGGGAUGGGACGCACACCGUGGCCUACACCCCAUCGGUGGAAGGACCGUACUCUGUGGUGGUCAAGUAUGCUGACCAGGAAGUGCCUCACAGUCCCUUCAAGUUCCGUGUGCUGCCCACCCACGAUGCCAGCAAGGUCCGUGCCAGCGGGCCUGGCCUGAGCACUGGGCUGCCCGCCAGCCUGCCAGUAGAGUUCACCAUUGACGCCAAGGACGCUGGAGAAGGUCAGCUGUCUGUGCAGAUCACGGACCAGGAAGGUAAACCAAAGAAAGUCAGUAUCCAUGACAACCAGGACGGCACGUACCGUGUGUCUUACAUUCCGGACAAGGUUGGCCGAUAUACCAUCGUCAUCAAGUAUGGGGGCGAUGAGAUCCCAACCUCACCGUACCGCAUCCGUGCCACCGCGGUCGGCGAUGCCAGCAAGUGUACCAUCGCAGGGACCGGCCUUGGCCCAGUCAUUGGCAUCGGAGAGGAGGUGGGCUUCAUGGUGAACACAAAGGGUGCUGGCAAGGGCAAGGUCUCCUGUGUCAUCGUCACCCCAGAUGGAGAGGAGGUGGAAGCAGAGGUCAUCGAGAAUGAAGACGGCACCUUUGAUAUCUUCUACACAGCCUCUAAGCCGGGAACGUACGUGGUCUACGUGCGCUUCGGAGGAGAGAACAUUCCCCGCAGUCCCUUUAAAGUCACGGCUAUGGACGAACCUGCCCUGGUGGCUCAGCAGUCAGUCCAGCAGCAGCAGCAGGCUGCCCCGGGGGCUGCACCCCCUGGCUUCCAGUCCUGGGUGACCGAUGGCUCCAUGCCAGCCAACAGCAUGAAUGGGACAGGAUUCAGACCCUUUGACAUGGUUAUCCCGUUCGCCUUCAGGAAAGGGGAAAUCACAGGUGAGGUCUAUAUGCCUUCAGGCAAGACUGCCCAGCCUGAGAUCAUAGACAACAAGGAUGGGACAGUCACUGUGAAGUUCGCCCCCACGGAGCCGGGCCUGCACGAGAUGCACAUCAAGUACAACGGCAAUCACAUCCCAGAGAGCCCCCUGCGCUUCUACGUCAACAGCGUCAACAGCCCCAACGUCACUGCCUACGGACCAGGCCUGGUGUAUGGCACCGCUAACAAGAUCGGCAGCUUCACCAUUUUCACCGAUGAUGCGGGAGAAGGUGGCUUGGACCUGGCGAUCGAAGGCCCCUCUAAGGCGGAAAUCAGUUGCACAGAUAACAAAGACGGCACCUGCACAGUGGCCUACCUGCCCACGUUACCUGGAGACUACAGCAUCCUGGUGCGCUACAAUGACAAGCACAUCGCGGGCAGCCCCUUCACCGCCCGCGUCACUGAGGACAACAGGAGGAGGUCGCAGGUGAAGCUGGGCUCUGCAGCGGACUUCUCGCUGGACAUCACAGAGGCGGACCUGAGCCUGCUCACUGCCAACAUCAAGGCGCCGUCGGGCCGAGACGAGCCCUGCCUGCUCAAGAGGCAGUCCAACAAUCACAUUGGCAUUUCCUUCAUCCCAAGAGAGGUGGGAGAGCACCUGGUCAGUAUCAAGAAGAAUGGCCAUCAUGUGGCUAAUAGUCCCGUCACUAUCAUGGUAGUCCAGUCCGAGAUCGGCGAUGCCAGCAAGGUGAAGGUGUUCGGCAAGGGCCUGGUCGAGGGCCGUACCUUUGAGAUGGCCGACUUUGUCGUGGACACGCGUGAGGCGGGGUACGGAGGCCUUGCUUUGGCCAUCGAGGGCCCCAGUAAGGUGGACAUCCAAACGGAGGACCUGGAGGACGGCACCUGCGAGGUCUCGUACUGUCCCACGGAGCCUGGUGCUUACUUGGUGUCCAUCCGGUUUGCAGAGGAGCACAUACCUGGGAGCCCCUUCACCAUGAAGGUGACGGGAGAGGGACGUAUCCGGGAGAGCAUCAGCCGCCGCCAGAGAGCCGCUUCCGUCGCCUCCGUGGGUAGUGUCUGCGACCUCAACCUCAAGAUCCCAGAGAUCGACGUUCACGACGUGUCCGCUCAGGUCACCAGCCCGUCCGGCAGCACUGAGCCGGCCGACAUCGUCGCCGUGGGCAACAACACCUACUGCGUGCGCUUCGUACCGCGUGAGAUGGGCGUCCACACCGUCAUCGUGAAGUACAGGGGUCAGCACGUGCCCGGCAGCCCCUUCCAGUUCACGGUCGGGCCCCUAGGCGAGGGGGGGGCCGGGAAGGUGCGGGCCGGGGGGCCCGGGCUGGAGAAGGCCGAAGCCGGAGUGCCAGCUGAGUUCAACAUCUGGACGAGAGAGGCUGGGGCCGGCGGCCUGUCGAUCGCCGUGGAAGGGCCCAGUCGAGCAGAGAUCUCCUUCGAGGACCGCAAGGAUGGGUCUUGUGGAGUUUCUUACAUCGUGCAGGAGCCUGGCGACUACGAAGUGUCGGUCAAGUUCAACGAUGAGCACAUCCCCGAGAGCCCCUUCCUGGUGCCCGCCUCUGCCCCCCUGGACGACGCCCGCCGCCUGACUGUUACCAGCCUUCAGGAGUCGGGCCUGAAGGUGAACCAGCCGGUGUCGUUUGCGGUGCGCCUAAAUGGGGCACAGGGGCACAUCAGUGCCAGGGUGCGCAGUCCCUCGGGGGCUCUGGAGGACUGCGUGGUGUCUGAGCUGGAGCAAGACAAAUAUGCCAUCCGCUUCAUCCCACGUGAGAAUGGCAUACACCUCAUCGAUGUCAAGUUCAACGGCAUCCACAUCCCGGGCAGCCCCUUCCAGGUGCGCGUGGGCGAGCCAGGGCAGGCGGGAGAUGCAGGGCUCGUCACUGCCUACGGCCCGGGCCUGGAGAAGGGCAUCACAGGUACCCAGUCUGAGUUCACCAUCAACAACACCAGAGCCGGCCCCGGGUCCCUGACCGUCACCAUCGAGGGCCCCUCCAAGGUCAAGAUGGAGUGCCAGGAAUGCCCUGAGGGCUACAGGGUGCAGUACACCCCGCUGGCACCAGGGAACUACCUGAUCAGCAUCAAAUACGGGGGGCCCAACCACAUCGCAGGAAGCCCCUUUAAAGCCAAAGUGACAGGGUCCCGCCUGGUGAACGUGACCAACGCCAGUGAGACGUCCACGCUGAUGGUGGAGCCGGUGAGCAAGGCGGCCACCCCCACCAGCUACAACGUCCCGUGCCCCUUCUCCGACGCCAGCAAGGUGCUCAGCAAAGGGCCGGGCCUGAGCAAGGCCUUCGUGGGUCAGAAGAGCAGCUUCUCCGUGGACUGCAGCAAAGCCGGCAGGAACAUGCUUUUGGUGGGUGUGCAUGGCCCCAGCACCCCCUGCGAGGAGGUAUCCGUCAGGCACAUGGGCAGCCAGCUGUACACCGUCAACUACGUGGUCAAGGAGAGGGGCAGCUACGUGCUGGCCGUCAAGUGGGGCGAGGAGCACAUCCCCGGCUCGCCCUUCCACAUCACUGUGCCGUAGAGAAGCCCUGAUUGGACGAAGGAAACGGAGGAGAUGGCAAACGUUUUGUUUUUGAUUUUUUUGAUUUAAAAUAAUUCCCACAUGGAAAAAUUUGCACUCAACUGUAAUGUUCAUUUGUAAAGUGAAUUGAUACCAGUCAUUCGACUUUACAGGACAGAUUACAUGCACAAAUCGGUCCCCUUUUUGCCCUGAUUGUGACUUACGUCAAGCACAGGGUAUAAAUUGGCAUUCGUCCCUUUCUCAAGUAAGUUAGAUACUAAGAGCAAAGUGACAAUAUUUGUGUUUGGGAAAUUUGUAUUACUACUGAUGAAUGUCCAGCUUGAGUUUAAAGGGCCAUUCUGUCCGAUCGCAUACACCACUCAGGCCCUGAAAGGACUCAAUUACUUUACUUCACUUUACUGCCUGUGUUACAUAUGAUAAACACUCCCCUUUGCUUGAUUUUUACUACUGCAUGAACUGGACCUUGUGUUUACAUUGUAUUAAAUAAGAAUGACGAUACUUCCCAGAUGAAGGCUAACAGGGUCUUGGCUACAGAUCAUCUGUAUUUGGUGAAACUUGUUCUUCUGAUCCCAGUGUUCUGUGCCAUCUAAGAGAUGCUGGAGGGUGUAGCCCCUCUAGUUGGUGAAGACGGCAACGUUUGUUAUCAUCCAAAAAAAAAAAUGGCUACAUGACUCUCAGCUUAAAUGCAUCACUUUGUGUGUUGAGAUGUAUGACUGAACUGUGCAUCUCCAUUAAAAUAUGGGUUUAUGAGUAGCUAAGGGUAGCAGGUUGGUUUCCUUCUUUUGCAGCUUUCAUGAGCAGUGCCUUCAGCCUGCCUGUCUGGUCAUGUCUCCUAACAAUCGAGUGUCUCACUGAGUAGGCUCUGUCACUACAUCCUCCCAAAUUAAAUUGUGUACAAUGAAUCAGAUUAGGUCAAAUAUUCUGGGGCCUUGUAGGAGGGGGGAAAUCAGAUUAACACUAACCAGGUGACAUCUUGAUUUACUGUUUCCUCCAUCUUUGAGUCAUUACAUUUUAAAUGUAGAUUUAACUUUGCAUUCGAUUUCCUUAUGGAUUCUGUCAUCGUGGGCUUACAGAAAACUGCUCUCCAUAUUAAUUUUCUGUCAUUAGUAUUAAACAGAGAGGUGUGGUCAUAGACUAUGGAGAUGUGUAUAAAUCCUCAUAAUGCUCCUACUUCAUUAAUGAGACUAGUUUUGAUACACAGUUGACUGGAAAUAUUUUGUACUAGAAUGUUUUAAAAGACGGUAAAGGUGUUCUUUACAUUAGCCUCGUGUGCCUUACUGUGAAAUCCGGGCCUGGAAAUUAUGUACAUUUUGGAAAUCAAAGCAAUAAACUGGAAUAAAAUUGUUGAUCUGUA